GUGUGGGAGGGAGGUUAAAGGUUAACCGGAAGGGGCGUGACCGAGCGCGCGGCGCGCGACGUGGAGACUCGGAAGCGGCUGAAGAAGGUGCAGCUGCUGUAGCUGCCGGAACCGCCGAAGAAGCUGAAGAAGGUGGAGCUGCUGAAGAAGGUGGAGCUGCUGAAGAAGCUGAAGAAGGUGGAGCUGCCGAAGAAGGUGGAGCUGCUGAAGAAGCUGAAGAAGGUGAAGAAGGUGAAGAAGCUGACGAAGGUGCAGCUGCUGCUACUGCUGCUCGAGCCGAAGCUGCUGCGAGCUUCUCUGACGGGAAGGAGGAGGAGGAGGUAGCAGCAGCAGCAGCAGCAGCCGGACGAGGGAGACCACGACGAGAGGCCGUGACCCCCUGGUGACCCCUCGUGACCCCUCGUGACCCCCCGCAGGCCAUGUCGGAGGGAGAUAGCAGUGGCGAGGCGCUGAGGGGCGGCCCGUCGCACCUCGUUCGCUUCUUCACUCGCCUCGGCCAGCUGUACCAGUCGGUGUUGGAUCGCUCCACUCCCCACAUCCCUGCCCGCUGGGUCACCACGGCCAUCCUAGCGCUGCUUUACCUGCUCCGAGUCUACGUCAAGCAGGGCUGGUACAUCAUCACCUACGCUCUUGGCAUCUACCACUUGAAUCUCUUCAUCGCCUUCCUCUCUCCAAAGGCCGAUCCCUCCUUCUCAGAGGACUCUGACGAGGGGCCGUCUCUGCCCACGAAACAGAACGAGGAGUUCCGUCCGUUCAUCCGCAGGUUACCAGAGUUCAAGUUCUGGUACUCUGCCACUAAGGCGGUGCUGGUGGCCAUGCUGUGCACGUGCUUCGAUGCCUUCAAUGUGCCGGUGUUCUGGCCCAUUCUGGUCAUGUACUUCCUGCUGCUGUUCUGCAUCACCAUGAAGAGGCAGAUCAAGCACAUGAUCAAGUACCGGUACCUCCCGUUCACGCACGGCAAGACUCGCUACCGGGGGAAGGAGGACACGGGGCGUGUCGUGGCCAGCUAGAGACACGCCGAGACGACACGGGGAGAGACACGGGGACACACGGGGAGAGACACGGAGACACACACACGGGGAGAGACACGGAGACACACGGG